AAGCGCUGGUCGGAGCGGGACAGAGGGGAGGCUGGAGGCUGGUCGGGCGCCCCCCCCCCCCCGGUUGCUGGCCAGUCCAUCUGACUGGGGAGGCCCCUGGGCACGCUCGGGUCUGAGGCGGGCGAGCCCGGGGCUCCCCGGAACGCUCCCGCCAGGAGCUGGCAGUCGGAGCUAGCCGCUCCCGCCGGCCUGAGGGAGGCUGCUCCUGGGGGCACAGGGAGGCGGGGUGCGCGGCGGGCGCCGCUGGAGGAGAUGUGGCUGGGGGCGGUGUCAGCCCCCAGCCCCCUGGAGCGGCAGCCAGUCCCUUCGCGCUGGCUGGCUCCGUGCUCCCUGUGCAGUACGGCGAGGCUACAGCCUGCAGAGCCAGGGGCUGUCAACGGAGGGGAAAGCCAGCGAGGGAGGGGGCCCGGGAGCCACAGGCACAGAGAUCGGGAUCAAUGCAAUAAAAUGCACCUCCUGCAAGUGCCCCUUGGGAGGAAGCAGCCGCAGGCGGCGGCGGCGGCAGCCGGGAAGUGAAAGGUCCGGAGAGUUCAGCUUGCCAUGCCCUGCACGGGAGCAGCAGGAGCCCGGCGGGUCCCCGCGGGGAAGUGAAAUGUUCUCAGCGAGGCACGCGGCUCCCCGGGGGCUGGAGGAGCCAGCAGCUGUCCCGCGAUGUCACUCCCCGGGGGAGACUCGGGGGCUGGAGCCUCCCUCCUGCCCUUAGCACUCCAGUGAGUGGCGAAUGAAUGACCUGCCGGGAAGGAUUUGCUCUGGAGAACCGUCUUCAUGUGCAGAAGAGAUUCCAGGCUCCUGGUCCUCCUCCUUGAUUCAUGCACUUUGACCAGGAGUUUGGCCAUGGAGAGCUGGGUCUGGCUCAUUGUACUUCUGGGCUGCUCUGCUGUAGCUGCAGGACUGAGCAGUGUUGUUGGAGUUGGGUCCCAUUGCGAAAAAGCGUGCAACCCUCGAAUGGGAAACCUAGCCCAUGGACGAAGAUUGUGGACAGAUACCACAUGUGGGCGCAACUCCACUGAGUUUUACUGUUCAUACAGUGAGUAUGCAGACCUGACAUGCAAGCGGCCCAAGUGUGACAAAUGUAAUGCUGCUCACACCCAUCUGGCUCACCCACCCUCUGCAAUGGCCGACUCUUCCUUCCGUUUGCCUCGCACAUGGUGGCAGUCAGCUGAGGACGUGCACAAGGAGAGGAUCCAGCUGGAUUUGGAAGCUGAGUUUUACUUUACUCACAUGAUCAUGGUGUUUAAGUCAGCAAGGCCAGCAGCCAUGGUUCUGGAGCGAUCCCAGGAUUUUGGGAAAACAUGGAAGCCUUACAAGUAUUUUGCCGCUAACUGUUCAGCAACUUUUGGCCUAGAGGACGAUGUGACAAAGAAAGGAGCAAUUUGCACUUCAAGAUAUUCAAGCCCCUUUCCUUGCACUGGGGGAGAGGUUAUAUACCGAGCUCUGUCACCACCGUAUUCGGCUGAGGAUCCGUACAGCGCUGAAGCUCAGGCACAGUUGAAGAUCACCAAUCUUCGAGUGCAGCUGCUUAAGCGACAGGCCUGUCCCUGUCACGGCAAUGACCUGAAUGCAAAGCCUCAGCAGUUCAUACACUAUGCAAUCUACGAUUUUAUUGUAAAGGGAAGCUGCUUUUGUAAUGGCCACGCUGAUCGCUGUGUACCUGUUGCUGGAUUUAUACCUGUCAAGGCGGCAGGAGUCUUCCAUGUGGUCCAUGGAAGGUGCAUGUGUAAGCACAAUACAGCAGGCCACCACUGUCAGCUCUGUGCUCCACUCUACAAUGACCAGCCCUGGCAGGCUGCAAAUGGCAAAACUGGAGCCCCAAAUGAAUGCCGAUCAUGUAAAUGUAAUGGGCAUGCUGACAUGUGUCAUUUUGACAUGGAUGCAUGGCUGGCCUCAGGGAAUCGCAGUGGCGGAGUCUGUGAUAAUUGUCAACACAACACUGAAGGGCAGCAUUGCCAACGUUGCAAGCCAGGCUUCUACCGAGAUCUCAGAAGGCCUUUCUCUGCCCCAGAUGCCUGCAAAUCGUGUUCCUGCCACCCAGUUGGAUCAGCCAUGCUUCCUUUCAGCACUAAUACCUUCUGUGACCCCAGCAACGGUGACUGCCCCUGCAAACCUGGAGUGGCAGGUCCUCAGUGUGACCGGUGUAUGGUGGGAUACUGGGGCUUUGGAGAGUAUGGCUGCAGACCGUGUGACUGUGCUGGAAGCUGUGACCCACUCACUGGUGACUGCAUCAGCAGUGCGGACAUAGUCUGGCAUCAUGAAAUUUCUGAUUUCCGCUCUGUGUUUAACGAGAGUGAGCCAGCUUGGGGAUGGGAGGACGAACAAGGUUUCUCUGCUCUCCGGCAUUCAGGUAAAUGUGAAUGCAAAGAACAAGUUUUAGGGAAUCCCAAGGUCUUCUGUGGAAUGAAAUACACAUAUGUGGUGAAAGCAAAGAUUUUAUCAGCCCACGACAAAGGCUCCCAUGCAGAAGUAAACGUGAAGAUCAAGAAAGUAUUGAAAUCAACAAAGUUUAAGAUUCUGCGAGGAAAGCGAACUCUCUACCCGGAAUCCUGGACUAACAGAGGCUGCACCUGUCCAAUUCUUAAUCCUGGCUUGGAAUACCUUGUGGCAGGGCAUGAGGAAGUACGGACUGGGAGACUGAUAGUCAAUAUGAAAAGUUUUGUACACCAGUGGAAAUCAGCUCUUGGAAGAAAAGUCUUGGAGAUUUUAAAAAGAGACUGCAACUAGAAGUGCACAAACAGUGUGAACCUGUUGAAGUCAAUGGAAUGACUCUGUGUUUACACCAGAAUAACUAAGAGCCGAAUCCAGCCCUUUAUUUUACUAAAGAGGUGCAGCGUAUGUGAAGUUUUGUCCACAAAGUGUUAAAACUGAUCCUAUCCAAAUGUAAAUAUUUCAUUGUAUAAAGCACUUUACUACCUGCCGCUUCAUGAUGUGGCAAGUUUAAUGUUGUUGGAGAGCAAAAGGGGUGAAGGUGGCCUACAAACAACCUAUUGAAACAGAAGCACUCCAGAAGACCCCUAAAUGUGGACAACGUUAAUGGUAUAAAGGGAAUAGUCCUCUUUGGUCUUGGCACUGACCGCUCAGAGAAUCCAAGGAUGCAAUCUGAAAGAUAAUGUACUUGCACUGAAGUCCCAAUUUCAGACCAGAGUUUGAACCCGAUGGGUAUAGACUAUAAUGAGACUUCACAAACAGCAUAGAGAACAAGAGACUAAGAAGCAAGAAUGCAAUUGCCAGAGGAUAAGAACUCUGCCUGCGGACAAAGAGAUGGACUUUUUAAGUGAAAAGGACUCUCUUUCACAUAUCACAGCCCCAUAAUUCAUGGCGGACCUAGAGCUUAUUUUAUUUUCGAUGUUAGUAUUUAAAACUGAACAUUACAUUUGUUUUCCCCUGUGUUUUUAUUUACGGUAUAUAUGACCAUUUUCCAUUUUAACAGCAAUUUAUGGGACAUAUCACAGUUAUUGCCAUUUCCAACACUAGAUUAUACCUUUUCUGUAACCCAUCUUUAAACUUCAGUACAUAAAGUGUAUUCUGUUUAUGAGCAUGAGGGGAAAAAAGAGGAGGAACUGCAAUGCCAUAAAAAAAUUCAAGUCUGCCAAUCUGCUUCACAAAUGUAUUUCUCUUUCAGGGUCGU